UAUAACCUCUCUUAGUACUCCUCCGUAUGGUAAUGUAAAUGGAACUAGGUAUAUGUCUUCUCCGCCUUUUAUUUUCCCUUUCUUCUACUAUUUACUUCCGAACUGCUACUACUAACUAAUCCAUACUUUUAAAACAAUAGCAACCAUCGGAGGGUUUAUCUAAUUUUUUUUUUCUCUUUAUUUGCUCUCUCUUUCUUUCAUCUGUACAUGGCUGUUCAACUGAGUUUGAUGGUGGAGAUAGAUUGAUCUCAUUUCCACCCCUCAUUGACCCCUCAGAUCCACUGAGAAUCGACACCUCAGCUCGAUGAUUUGGCGCCUCCGCUCCAGCCUAGCCACACCAAGGGGUGCCAACUCACUCUCAGUCUUGGGCAAAGUCGCAUUCUAAUCCCAGCCAUGGAAUCCUGUCCGCAUAGCCCGGUUCCUGCUAGUCAGGUUCCCUGCAUUCCUACCCACUCCUCAUCCACUCCGACGGCGCUGCGCUGUUGCUGUGGCCGUGAUGACUGUGCAUUCCUGCAGCACAAUAAUGUAGCUCUAGAGGGGUUAGAAAAGGAUCUCGCUACCGCUGCUCGAUUAGGUCAGGCUUUACUCCAUCGCCAUGAGUCCUAUAUGGCCGAGGCUGAGGAGGACCGUCAUCGGUUACUCACUAGCAUCGAGAACCUCGAACGCGAGAAGCGGGAGGCUCAGGCUGAAAACGCCCGCAUCAUCGAAGAGAACCGCGGGCUGUUAGAGCAGCUGGAUGCUCUGAAUAAGGCCGUCGCUGAUUCAGAUUCGCAUGCGAAGUCCGUGGAGGCUAGGCUAGAGUCUUCCGAAGCUGAGCUUCGCACAGUGACGGCGUCGGCAGCACGAGCAGCCCAUCUCGAAGCGCAAUUGGUUGAGAUGGAGGCCGAACAGUCCAAGCUGCAUAAUAGUCUAGAAUCUGCGCAAGAAGACUCUAGAUCGGCAGUGCAACGGUGGAAGAAGGCGGAAAGUACUCUCAGGGAUCUUCAUGAUCAGAUUGACCGCAUUGAGAAGGAGGCUAGAGAGGAGCGCGAACGCCAUACCGAAGCGGUCCAGCGUAUAGAACGGAGACGGACCGUAGAACGGGAGCUUGAUGGUGCUGCUGGACGACUUAAAGGAGCUGCAGCAGCUCACGAGCUGGGCCGGAGUCACGGUGGAACCGUGGUCUCGCGCUUCGUCAGGGACAUACUGCAGGAUAAUGCCAAUUUGCAACUGGGGAUUGUUGAAUUGCGGGAGUUGUUGGAGAGUUCAAACCAAGAGGUGCAGUGUCUGCGGGAUCAGAUUCUUUCGCAUCAGCUGGUGCCCAUGACGGAAGGCGAUGGGCAGACACCCCAGCUUGCACCGACUUUGAGCCAGGAACUUCAGUCCAAAGAGCCGCGCCGGGCGCCACAAGAGUUCCACAUUCAUCAUCAUUAUCAUACGCCGUCUAUCAAGAAAGAGAAGCCAACACUUUUCCGACGGUCUAAGAACAGACAUACCUGGGGACAUCCCAAUGUGGUGCAUUCGCCUUCGGGUACAAAACUAGCUCGGAAACCCACGCACCGCUCGCAAUCAUCUCAGUCUUCUGCCUCCAUGACGAUGUCUCAACCCUCUGUGCCUAUUCCCCCGGCUUCUCAACGCUGGCCCCUGCAAUCGCCCGGGACUGAGUCUAUAGCGAGCUCACCCCAGUCAGGAUAUCGGUCAUCGUCUAUAUUUGAUAGAGUAGAGCGUGGAUUUGAUUCCUCCCGAGCUACUAGCCCUGAGAGCCCCGCCUUUUCACCAUUAAAGGGUGCUCGGCGGAGAAGCAGCUUCUACGACGCUAGUUUUCGAUCUCCUGAGACGGAUGUUUCAGUCGAUCCUUUGGACGAUGGCAUUUUCAACAAGGCUCUUGGGGAUUCGUUCCAGCCUGUCAUACCGGAAGAACGGGAGGACUUCGUACCGUAUGUCACUUCCGAGAGACCUUUUUCUCCUAAGCCUAACGAUGUCUUUACUUCUCCUUAUCGCUCGGUGCGUAAGACAUCCCACGAGAGCCUCUUCUCCGUUGCAGGCAUGGAUAUCCAUACUCCCAGUCGUCGUCCAUCGCGAAUGGAAGAUAUCUCAAGGCCAUUACCUGCUCGUGUCCCGCGCCGUAUCUUUUCUAGCGCUGAUCAGUUCUCUACCCCUGUCCUCUCAACGACUACUGUUACCGCCGACGGAGAGCCUUCAAAAAUUGACCAGUCGUCGCAAACGCUACUUGCUUCGAUGGCUGCUAGUAAACAGUCCGAGGGAGGGUCUGCAACCAGUGACCUACUCGACUCUAGUGCUGCACCAACUCGGAAAGUUUCUCUCAGCCGCCGCGUAGGCGGAUGGGUUCGCGGUCAUUGGGGAAACACGCCCACGGCCGAAACGGAUGACACAAAACCCCUAGAAGCGCAACAAAUCACUUCAGCGCCCCCAGCGUCAUCCGACAGCACACCCCAAUCCACUGGAAAUAAACAGCCCGGUGUCCGAGCUGAAACUGUUCCGAGCCUCCGAUUUCGGUACCCUGGCGUGAAUCAAAAAGGCCCAAUCAUGGGGUUUCGGCCACCCGCCCGAGCUCCAUAUGCUAUUCACGCGGAUGCGAUAGAUGAGAGCCUAUUGAGGGAGACUCUAGCGGAGUGAUGCAUCACCAAGGCUGUCUUGGCCUUGACACUAGUGAUAGACUUCCUGUCUCACUGUUUGCAUAGUUGAAUUUCUUUCUGUCAUUUCACUCGAACUACGGAGAGGGUGAGCUACAUCAUCGAAUAUAGGCAGCUUUACUGGCCUUGACACUCCUUGUCUAUCGAUUAGCGAUUAUAUACUAGGCGUCUCUCUUUCAUUACAUGAUACCCCAGCGGACAUUCCUUAUUCUUACAAGAUGUCGUCAUUUCAUAUAUUGUAUUCUGUGUGUAGUGAUUAAUAAUUAAAUCUCAAUACCGUCUUUACA